AAAGAAGUAAAAAGAAAGCAGGUCAUCAUGUUGUGCCCCUCUAUAAAUACGCUUUCUGCAUUUUCGGAACGAUGAACAUCCAAUCAAAAAAAAGCUUCAGAGAUUCUUCUACUGCAGAGACAACUAUAUUUCGAGAUGGCGACCAAAGUGUAUAUCGUGUACUACUCAAUGUACGGUCAUGUUGAGAAAUUGGCUGAAGAGAUAAGGAAAGGAGCUGCUUCUGUUGAAGGUGUUGAAGCCAAACUCUGGCAGGUACCUGAGACACUCCCUGAAGAAGUACUCUCUAAGAUGAGCGCACCACCGAAGAGUGAAUCACCAAUCAUCACACCCAACGAGCUAACCGAAGCCGAUGGCUUCCUCUUCGGAUUCCCAACAAGGUUCGGCAUGAUGGCUGCUCAGUUCAAGGCCUUCUUGGACGCGACCGGUGGACUCUGGAGGACUCAGUCGCUCGCUGGCAAACCAGCUGGUAUCUUCUACAGCACUGGCUCUCAAGGUGGUGGCCAAGAAACCACCGCAUUGACGGCGAUAACUCAGCUGGUUCACCACGGGAUGGUGUUUGUGCCCAUCGGUUACACGUUUGGUGCGGGGAUGUUCGAGAUGGAGAAUGUGAAAGGAGGUAGCCCUUAUGGAGCUGGAACAUUUGCAGGAGAUGGGUCGAGGCAGCCAACGGAGCUGGAGUUACAGCAAGCGUUUCACCAAGGCAAGUACAUUGCAACCAUCACCAAGAAGCUCAAGGGCUCUACUUAGAGCUUUUUGAAAAGAAAAAAAAUACAUAUCAAUAAGAAAAAAAAAAGAAAACAAGACUGGUUUGGUUCUGUUUUUUUUUUAUAAUAAUAGAUUCUUUCUCUCUUUUAUGAUUUUUUUUCGGGUUUAAUUAUGUAUCAGUUACAUGGUAUUAUUUCACAGCUUGUCUUUGUUUUACGUAUACAGAGAUGUAAUGAUUUGUGCUUGUGUUGUACUCCAAACAAAACUUUCAAAGCAAUUAUGUUAUAUGUUUGGUUCCUCA